CUUUUCUGCUUUUGUUGUUUUUGAUUCUCUCUCUCUCUUCCAAUGGUCUAUUUUUACACCUACCAUCCAGCUAGUACUUGCAGCGACAGCACCACCAAAACCGACCUCUCUACCUCUCUCUCUCUCUCUCUCUCUCUCUCUCUCUGUGGAUUUGUUUUCUUGUAGGAGCAGUUGAGGGCCCAAUUGCUCAACCCAGUUUCAACUAAGGUCUCUUCUCCAAAUUUAGCAAGCAGAAGAUGGCGGAAGAGGAAUCCAAGAAGGUAGAGUCUGAAAGCCCUUCGGAGCCUCCGCCGCCGCCGGCUCCGGCUCCGGCUCCGGCUGAACCUCCCAAGGACGUCGCGGAGGAGAAAUCCGUAAUCCCUUCCGACCCUACUCCUGAAGAUGUGAAACCAGACGAAUCCAAAGCUCUUGCCAUAGUUGAGAAGGUCCCGGAUUCUGUUGACGAGAAAAGUUCCGAGGGUUCUGUUAACAGAGAUAUUGUGCUUGCACGGGUUGAAACAGAGAAGAGGUUGUCACUGAUCAAAGCCUGGGAAGAAAGUGAAAAGUCAAAAGCAGAGAACAAGGCUCACAAAAAAUUAUCUGCAAUUGGGGCAUGGGAAACUAGCCAGAAAGCAUCUGUAGAAGCUGAGCUGAAAAAGAUUGAGGAAAAACUAGAGAUGAAGAAGGCAGAAUAUGUGGAGAAAAUGAAAAAUAAGGUUGCUCUCAUCCACAAGGCAGCUGAGGAGAAGAAGGCAAUGAUUGAAGCACAACGCGGGGAGGAUCUUCUCAAGGCAGAGGAGCUGGCUGCAAAGCAUCGUGCCAAAGGGACUGCUCCAAAGAAGCUCCUUGGAUGCUUUUGAUGAAGAAAUCUCGACCCCAUCUAAUUCGAAGACCAAAAAAAGAAAAAGAAAAAAUCUUGAAUUCCAUUUGUAUAUUUUCCUGUUUGUGUAUUAUUUGUUAAUUUAGAUGUCUUGUGUGGUCAUAUGAUGGAGAGAUGGUUAUUGUUCAUAUUAUUAUGUCUGUAUAGUGAUAUGUUUGUGUGUAUAUACCAUUUGAUGGUAAAGAAAAUAUAACUUAUUCAAUGUGAGAAACUGGCUUGAAGUUAUUACUUAAGUUGAUGGAAUUGAACCAUUAUUCUCUAAUAGAUUGAAAGUGAAAGAUUGCUCA